GCGCGUGAUUGUUGGCCCCCCCGUGAACGCGCAGGCGUGCAGGCAGGUCUUCUGGCGGCAGUAGAGGCAUUCACGGCGGGCUCCGCGUUUCGGGAACGUCAAUCCACCGUUCCACAUCGCGAACGAACGUCGCGCUUGCGUUGCCACAGAGCGGGAAGGCUGGGCGGAAGUUUGUGGAGGUGCGCUCGACCGAACUCGGAAGAGUCGACGGCUGCGGCAAAUGCACAGGUGGUGCCGUUGAACACGGUCGUUUCGAACGUCGGGGCAGCGGUUACGUUUUGACAUCGCCCUGCGGGUACUGCCAGUUGCGGCUGGCUUUCAAACCUCCCGUGGUGCGGCGAAGUUGAGUGCGUGUGUGAGCGCGCGCGAUUGAAGCCUUGUGGUCAGCUCGCCUUAGAAGAAAAGAAAGAAACAUCGAACACUUCUGCUCCCAAGCUUCCUGUUUUGUGCGAUUAUCCGGAAUCGAGGCAGUCGAGAAGGAGUACAGCAGACGUUCUGGUGCAGCCGAGUACCCUUCACCGAAGAUACAACAACGUGAGAAGCGGAGGAUGGAUUUAAAACUCGUCUGGUUCUUCUGCUCCCUGUGGACCCUCGCCCGGUCCAGCUGCAAGACUGAGCAGGCCAUCCAGGACACCAAGACGUGCGGCAGCAGCUUCAAAAGCCAGCUGGCGCAGCGGUCGUUCAACCGGUCUAAUCCGGAGGACUUGCACCAGGCGUGCUGUUCCAUGGACCAGCUGGAGCGAUGCUUGCACCAGGCGAGUGCCGAGGCCGGCUGCAAAGAAGAGGUGUCUGUGCUGGUGCAUACCCUCACUCAGACAGCCAGGGAUCUGCUGGGAGACGUCUACGAUACGCACUGCCAGUCUGACUGCAACGGAACCACCAGGGCCAUUUCGGCAUCGUGGAUUAAUACCCUCUUCUUGGCCGGCUGUUCUCUGCUCUUGCUUCGCAAAGGCGUGGUCGAGGCAUCCUGAUUAUUUCUGAUCCCGUCGCAGGAGUGGUGAAAGGCGAGGACAGCUCAAAACCAAAGUCUAGCAGAUGAUUGUGCGGUGGACGUGGCGGCAAGAUUUUACAAAAACAAGAGAAAGGAACAAAAAACCGGCCUAUAGAAAGUUUCGGCUUAUCUAGCUGUGGCGUUAAUGGAAAAGCUAUGAACAAACAAUGAAAGAAAACCGCUCGAAGCACGUCAUCUGCAAAAAAAGGCGAUGGACCGCAAUGCGGCUGUCAACUCAGAUGCUGUGAUUUCCAUCACGACGCCGAAGAGUUGUAUAGAUGAGAACAAAACGCAAAAUCGCCCCAGGCUGGGGUACUUGUACGUGGCCAUGGUUACACGCAUGUCAAUGGUAGAAUUUAAAAAAAAAGCUAACCAGAAAUUGAACAUCACAUAUAUUAGUGCGGUAUCACGUACGUGCCUUGCAUUUCCCUGGGAAAAUUCCCCUCCACUCGAUGCGCUCUAAAUGCGUACCUUAUCACAAAAUAUUCCUAGUUUUUAAAGGUUCUAAUACUGUGUUUUUAACUGCAAUGUCUCUUUAGGUAUUAUUUCAGCGUACUUACGUUGUACAGGUCUUUAGCUGCCUCUGACCUUCCAAGUGAAUCGCAGAAAUGAAGUGUGGCGCAAGUGCAACCACGCUGUCCAAACAUGCGUCAAAAGAUUGCCUUUCGUUUAUCGCAGCCAGGAAUGGCUCAUGCUUCAACCGCUUCUGCGUGGGGGCCCUUGCCCUAACACUGACAUGUUCGUGCAACGCAACAUAUUUUCAUCCCAAGCGGCCCAGCAAGGUGCUGUACAUCGAUCGACGGCGUUUGCAUCAUACAUACCAUGUUCCACCCUGUGCAUUAGUUGCACGUAGUACAUCGUUCCUGGUGGCGUUAGUUUGCUCAUUAAAACUUACCCCUAUAUUCAAGCAACAAAUGUUUCUUUAUACAUCCCCAUAAAGGCACGACUCAACGGCAUCCCGGUUCUUUUACGCAGCCUCGAAGAAUGUGCGUCUGAAUGUGUCGCUACUAAGUGUGCAUGACAACUUCAUGAUUGUUGUACAUCUCAGCUAAAAGUGAGGACACAGGAACAGGCACGAAAAUACGCAGCGCACCGCUCACUAUCGUAAUCAGGAGGUCGAACCUGGAGGCAGCUGUCUGCCUCCUUAUUACUCAACGAGUUGAUAGCGCCCGCGACAUGUACGUGCACACGGGUUUCUUUCACUAAAUGGAGUAGCUGUAGCUGUUUUAUUUAUUUUCCUGUGCCUAUUCGCUUAAGAGAACGUAAACAAUGUGGGCCUCACCUGUUGUUUCCGCAACCUGCGCCUUCAGUUUUUCUCGAGGCACUAUGGAAGCAAACGCCCUGUACUCCUUGCUACAGCACAUCUAGAAAACACGGCAGACAUCCACUGUGAAGACGUUUCAACCGUAUGUCACAACAACACGCGGUAAAAGAGUGGUGGGCGUGUCAUUGACACUGUGGCAAUGAACGGUUUUCAAUGUCAGAGUGGGCGUUCUGAAGACACGCCGCGCUGCUUCAUUAAUAGCGAGGCUGCCGGCGAUUGCUCAGUGAAGUGAAUGGCGAUCACACGACCCACUGACGUCCUAGCCUCGCCCGAAGAUUCUGUUUAUCUCUGCUUUUUGUUUAUUUAUUUUUUUGCCAGACUAACCUGUGUGCUUUGGAAAGACGGCCAGUGUGUCUGUGUGUAUAUAGCUGUCAUGAAAGUGGGAUGCCUUGUGACGUAGUAACCAGGGGCGCACUAAGGACGAUGCUAAUUUUAAAAGUUAAUGUCGUCAAAAAAAAUGAGCCCAUUAUUUUUGGCAGGGUAUUUCAAUGCGCCCCUGGUUGCUACGAAGCUCGUUGGGUGAAGUUUCAUCUCAAAGGAAUAUUUUUUUACAUGAUUCAACAAAUACUGUAUUCGUAUUUAAUAAAGCCUUUUAAACGAAA